GCGGCGGGGCCUUGCAGUCACAGCUAGGCGGCGCGGAGAGGGUGGGACUCCUUCUUUCGCUCUCGGCAGCCGCGGCGGAAAGAUGGGAAAGUGCCGAGGACUUCGCACAGCCCGGAAGCUCCGUAGCCAUCGCCGCGACCAGAAGUGGCACGACAAGCAGUACAAGAAGGCCCACCUGGGCACGGCGCUGAAGGCCAACCCGUUCGGUGGCGCCUCCCACGCCAAGGGGAUCGUGCUGGAGAAAGUUGGAGUAGAAGCUAAACAGCCCAACUCUGCCAUCAGAAAAUGCGUUAGAGUCCAGCUGAUCAAGAAUGGCAAAAAAAUAACAGCUUUUGUACCCAACGACGGCUGCCUGAACUUCAUCGAGGAAAACGACGAAGUGCUGGUUGCUGGUUUUGGUCGGAAGGGUCAUGCUGUUGGUGACAUCCCCGGAGUUCGCUUCAAGGUUGUCAAAGUAGCCAAUGUUUCUCUGUUGGCCUUGUACAAGGGCAAGAAGGAGAGACCAAGAUCCUAAAUUCAGGCUGAUUUGCCAAGAAUGUCAAUAAAAUUUUUGACUGGAAAA